AUGCAAACACUGAUUUCACCUCCUCCGAAACUUGAUGAGAAUUGUAUUCCGAUGGUGGAAGAGUGUUUAAAAAGAAACAAUUCUCAAAUAAUAAUAUUAAAUAAUGAUGAUGAUGAGAAUUCUGCUACUGCUUUUCGUCUGAGUAAAAAGAAAAAGAUUUCCGACAAUCAAAAUCAAGAAAAUGACACGAUCAAUAAUGCAAAAAUGGUCAUGAAUGAUUUCGAAAAUGUUGUAGUUUCAAAUCCUUCAAAUAAUUUUAUCAAUAAUAAUAAUAGGACUUCAUUAACAUUUCUUGGGAUAGAUUUGGCAGAUGAUAUGAUAUUCCAUAUGAUGGAAUUUCUUGAACCUGAAUUUAUUUUUGGUGUUUGUAUGAAAGUUUCAAAAGUGUGGUACAGCAAGACAUUACAAAUUUCAUUUCGUUUGAGAUAUUGGAACAAGUCCAUAUCAAUCACCAAGUUGCAAAACUUAACGCAAUGCCCAAACAUUCUAAACUUGAUAGAAUUAGAUUUAUAUUCCCAAUCUAUUGGAUUUAUCGGUGUGAAACACAUAACCUCUAGUCCCUAUAUGAGAAAUUUGAAAGAAUUAAAGUUGGAAAACAAUUUAAUUUCAGAUAAGGGCGUGGAGUUAAUUGUAUCAAGUGCUUAUUUAGCAAAUUUAACCAUACUCGAUUUGAGUACAAAUCCUAUUUCCGAACUUGGAGCCAAAAGUCUUGCCCAAAGCUUGAAUGUGAAAAAUUUAACACAUCUCAUCCUAAACAAGACGAGCAUUAUGAGUCGGGGAGCAAAAUUCUUGGCAGAAAGCAAACACUUGGAGAGAUAA